GAUUUGACGCAGAGAAAACAAAAAAGAAAAAAAAAAGGCAAUCCAUCUAAUCUUCCCACCCACCGACCUCGCCAACUUCACCGAGAUCCACUCCACUCCGGCGAUCGAUCCACGCCGGCGAUGGCCGUCCCCGUCCCGCCCUCGCUCAUCUACGCCGGCGCAACACUCACGCUCGCCGCGCUCGCGCACUUCCUCCACCUCCCCUCGCUCCUCCUCUACGCCCUCCACACCUACAUCCACCCGGACGCCGUCCCCUCCACCACCCCGCGCGCCGUCCUCCGCCCGCCCAACGCCGCCGGCACCGGAUCCGGGAACCCCAAGCAUCGCGGCGGCGGAGGCAACGCUGAGUCUCCCUUCGACGCGGGCUCCAACUCCGCGCAGCUCUACCGCCUCCGCCUCUCCCACGCCACGCUCGCCACGCGCCCGCACUUCGCCGGAUUCCACCUCGCGCUCGCCCUCCCGCUCGCGCUGCUGCCGCCCGCGCUCCUGCUCCCGGCCCCCUCCGCGGCGGCGGCCGCGCCGCUCGCGCCGCUGCCGGCGGUGGUCUUCCUCUUCGUCGCGCUGCUCCGCCACGUGAUGCUCCCCUCCCCGCGCCCCGCGCACCUCGCCGCCGCGCUCGGCGCGCUGCUCGUCGCCACGCUGCUCUCCUCCAGCCCCUUCGCCGGCGCUCUCGCGUCGCUCGCCGCGCUCCCCGCCACGCGAUUCGCGCGCUCGUUCUGGCUUGGCACCGACCAGCCACGAUCAGGGCUCGCCGUGCUCGCGUCCUCGGGGCCCGCGCGCCUGCUCCUCUACCUCGCCGUGCUCGUCUCCUCCGCAGCCUCGAUCCUCCAAUGCUGCGGGUUCGUGGACGGUCCAGAGCUAGAGGCGAAGUUGCUCGCCGCCGCGGCGGGGCUGCAGCUGCUGGCCUCGCGGGCGGCCGUGCAGAUGUACCUCAACGAGGCCGUCUUCUGCUGGUAUCAGCGGCUGCACGUCAGCCGCUCGCCGGACACGGAGUACGGCCGCGCCAAGGUGUUCCUGCACAACCACCAUCUCUGCGCAAUCGCCACGCAGCUUGUCGCGCCGCCUCUGCUUGUGCUGUCGCUGCUGGCAUUGUGGCGGGUGCAAGGCAAAGACUACUUUGAGGGAGUGGCGGAGCUGGACUGGCUUGUUGGGUGGUCGGUUGCCAUGAAGGAGGCUGCAUUGCUUGCGGCCCGGUGGAUUGUUGCAGUGUGGUCGGCGGUGACCGUGGGCGCGCUCAUGUUUUACAAGCGUGGAUGGUUAUUUGUCUUGUGAUCAAUCCUUUCUUAGCUUGUCUCUGCGUGAUUGGUUCAGAUGGAAUUGUGUUUGAUAGAGAAAUUCUACACUCGAUUGCCGGAGUUUGAUAGCACGGCACAAGAUUUUGGCUUGCAUUUGUUUGUUGGAGCGUUGCUGGAUCAAAACUUUGAUUGUUUUUUUACCUUGUAUGUUCUUUACCAGAUGAGCAACUUCAGAUCAUUUUUUCUCUCUACAUAGAAACUGACUGGUCAGUCACCCUGUUGUACUCUCACUGUAUCAUCUUUAGUGCAUAUGAAUGAAUCAAUUAUUAUUCAAUUGGUACAAAACUUGA